AUGAAGCUCUUCAAGUUCCUCGCAACGAUGGUCUUCUUCUCCAUGUUCUACAGCGUCUCGGAGCAAAAUCAGGUGGAUGUGCUGUGCUCGACCGAUUGGUUCAUGGUCACAGUCCACCCCUUCUUGCUGAAUAAUGAUGUGUACGUCCACUUUUAUGAGGUGCAUUUGGGCCUGGGAUGUCCUCCCAACCAAGUUCACCCACACUUCUACGAGUUUACCUACCGCGUGACGGAAUGUGGCAUCCGCGUCAAGGCCGUCUCUCCAGAUGUGGUUAUCUACAGCUCGGAGAUUCACUAUGCUUCGAAGACCUCAUCAUCUAGAUAUGUGAUCCCCGUGUCGUGUGCUGCUCCUCGACGGUCCCCUUGGCUCACCAAGCCCUACUCCACGAAAGCUGGAAACAAUAACAACGCCGCGACCCCGAAGAAUGAGAUGUCCUACCACGUGUUCAGCUUGCCAGAGCCGAGCCCGCAAGUUAACUGCAGCUGUCCACCUUCUGUCUUCCAGCAGAAGAGCAUCUAA